AUGGAUCCCAAGGUCACUGAAGUUUCGCAAAUAUUAGCCCGAUUCAAGGCUGCUUUUUUGCGCAAAGAUUAUGAUACGUGUGUAACGCUCCUCCUCCAGCUGAAGGUUGCAUUGACAGCAUUCACGAGCCUUCCUCCAUUGUUUGAAAAUACUCCAAAUGCAGUUGACGAGUUGACACUAGCAAGGGAAGUAUAUGAACUUGCCGUUCUAUUAAGUGUGAAGAUUGAAGAUCAGGAGGCUUUCGAGAGAGAUUUCUUUCAGCUGAAGCCUUACUACACUGAUGCACGGAACCGCCUUCCACCAUCAGCCCAAGAAUAUCCCAUCCUAGGCCUCAACCUCUUGAGGCUGCUUGUACAAAACAGGAUUGCUGAGUUCCACACUGAGUUGGAGUUGCUGCCACCAGCUGCUUUGGAAAAUCCUUGCAUCAGACACGCUGUGGAAUUAGAGCAAUCCUUUAUGGAAGGAGCUUACAACCGCGUCCUGAGUGCUAGACAGACCGUACCUCAUGAAACUUACGUUUAUUUCAUGGAUCUUCUUGCCAAGACUGUCAGGGAUGAGAUAGCUGGGUGCAGUGAGAAGGCUUAUGACAGUAUGUCAAUCAGAGAUGCUCAACAAAUGCUGUUGUUUUCUUCAGAGAGGGAACUCUUAGAUUACAUCAAAGAGGAUCAUCCUGAAUGGGAGGUGAAGAAUGGGCUCGUGGUUUUCCAGACCUUCAAAAUGGGUAGUCAAAAAACUCCAUCAACACCUGCAAAUGCAGUUGUUUCCCACUCUGAUGAAUACUUCCUUCAGCACAGCUUAGUCUUUGCUGAAAGUCUCAAGGACUUGAAGAAUCUAAGGAUACAGUUAUAUUCAGCUGCAGACUACUUUGAAUCCUCUUACAAGAAACAUGAAUAUAAGCAACUGGUGGUGGAAACAAUUAAAGAUUUUGCCAAUAAAGCUCUAAUUAAUACUGUGGAUCACUUGGGGACCGUAGCAUAUAAAGUGGAGAGUUUCUUGGAUGAAAAGGUCAAUGAAAUUUCUGCUGCAAGGCUUCAGUUUUCUGGCCUAGAACAGAAAUUGAGAACCUGCCAAGGAUUCAUCAACCGCAAUGGCAUUUUACAGCAGUCCUUGGUCAUCAAAACACCCAAGUAUUACAAGCAUUACAAAAUUCCAGUUGAAGAAAGCAGAUUUAGAGGCAAUGUUGACUCAGUGCAGAAAGUAUGCCUUGUGUGUCCAGAGGAUGAUAAUAAGCACUUAACUAAGCCAGCUAUCCAAGAAGCAGUUUCAAUGCCCUAUCAUGAUCAUCCACCAUUGAUGAGAAGAGCACUUGUUAAGCACCCUCAUACAGAAUCUUCUGCUACGCCGUAUUCCUUUUCUUUUGUGAGGGUCACGCCAAAUCAAGAGGCUGGGAAACGAUCAGUUUCGCCAUUUCGCCGCCUUCUGAAGCGAUCUGGAUCCUUUGCAAACAGAUCAACAUCUCCAAAUCCUUCUGCUACCAAACAACGGAGUCCUUCUGAGCCUCGAGCAGCUACUGCAUUGGUCAAGUAUCCAGAGACAAGCAGAGGAAAAGAAGUUGAAGUAUACUCCAGAAAAACCAAACCGCUGCUUAAAGCAUUGCUUACUAUGCAUAGGUCAAGAAAGCAAAGUGUGCCUUAUAGAUUCAGAGAUGGCAAAUGA